CCACGGGUUAAAAAAUUAGACUGAAGAAAAUCGAGCAGGCGCACGUGGGGCCAGUUCCUAUGAAUCAAAGUGGGGAUUGGUGGAAUCUAUAGUGGGGAGACAUUGUCAUAGAGUGGGGGGACAUGAUAAAAAACGUUAGUGCGACGAACAGUGGAGCAGAGGGCUAAAGAGGGUUCAUCCACUACGUCGGGGGAGAAACCUCCCAUUCGGUCGCAGCUCUCAGAACGUGUGGGUCAUUGUCGGAGCUUCUUGAGUCUCGCACUUUGGUAGAACAUCGUAAGAAGGAAAAGGUUCCCCGUGAGAAUUUUCAAUCGUAUCGAACUGUCGUUCAACGUUGUGUACAGUUUUCAUAAUACGCUGGUCGUUGAUGCACGUGGGCAGUUUACUUGAAAACUUGUGCGUCGGACAGAAGCGCCGCGCUGUGGAGAUUCGCUGAAAGAAGGUUAGGGGUGGGAUUUGGUUUGGUGUGCCAAGGUGCAGCGAACCACGUGGCCGGGGAAUCGAUAGUGCAGUGUUGUCCCGCAGGGGUCAUUCAACCCGUGCCGGGGUCAACUCCUCAUGCGCUCACUGUGGUUCGCCUAACAAGAAGGAAUCGCUGACAAGUGCCGAGGGGAAAUUGAGCGAGGCUGGAGGACACUUAAAAAAUUGACGAGAAGCAAUACGUAAGAAAGGAAAUUUUGGAAGACAGUGAGAGCGAGAGAGACGGUAUAUGGUCGUCAGCGAAUGUAAAUGUAUAGGGAUACCAAGGGAAAGACAAGGAGAGACAUACGUCUGGCCAUAGGCCGUGUCCCGGAAGCCGUCAAUGUAACAGGAGCUUCGACAGUAGCUUUACCUACUGCAUGAGAGCUUGAAGCGAACUUGGGGAAUACUUAACCCCGAUCGCUUAAAGUACCGAAAGCACUCUAAUUCCAGUAUAACCGAGUGGCUCGUCGAAGGUAUCGAACCGAUCCUUAAAGGAAGUGAGAGAGAGAGAGAGAGAGAGAGGACUUUGGAGGUUGUAGGAACAAUUUGGAGGGUUGGUCUUACAGCGCUACGGUGCUUGCCGGCAUUUCGAUAUUUCGUCACGUCUUCUAUUGGGGUUUAUCGUCAUGUCCUAAGGUUAUCACGGGUGAGCCUGUAACGGGGAGAUGCUUGUGUCGGUAAUAUCGGGGUCGUCCUUGUCGACGUCGGCAAGGGUGGCUUACAGUCAUCCGAUCGUGGGGAAAGAAUCGGGCGCAAGAAAAUCAAAGUGGAACGAGAAGGACUCUGGAAGAGGAGAUAAAUAAAAGGGCCUCGUGACGGAGAGCAUUCGUACGGCCCUGGCGCGGCUGCGGCACGGCACCCCUUCGGGGGGUUCUCUGCCAAACACCCCGAAUCCGCCCUCCACCCCUGAACACAAGGCCCACGGAUGCUCGGAGAAUCGGGGUUCCCCGGGCAGGAGCGUAGGAGUGAGGGGUGGCAGGUCUGAUUUCGGGGGGUCGCAGUCGUCGCCGUCGCGCGGUCACCACGCCACCGAAAAAGCUCAGGACGGAGACAUCCUGGCACACGCGGCUUCCGCACUGCGUAGAUUAAAUUUUCGAUCAGCUGGCGGAAGUCGUAGCUGUCGCACUGUACCGAAGCUCGUCGUCAUGGGAUCCAGCACGACCUCCGACACGACCAUCAACACGAGUACCGAUAGCGCAAACACGAUGGUCACAAUGGUGACAACGACCGACGGCGAGCAACCCGAAGAUAGUUUGGAUCUGAUAGACGGACCUUCCGAAAUGUCACCACCCCCCGUCACAAGCCAGUCAAGCCCAACCUACCCCUCUCAACAUCAACAGACCCCCCAACGCUCCUCCAGGCUGAAUUCCUUCCAAUCGGAAAGCACUGGAACCUUUGUGAGAAACCCGCAACAGCAUAGCACUGCCCCUGAAGUGCAGGGCCCCGUUCAAAAUUGCCUGGGUGACGGUCCUGGUGCUCCUCCGCCCACGCCCCUGAUCGGGGCUCAUCAAGAGCCCAGGUUUACCUUCGUUAGCGGAAGGACUCCACCUCUGCCAGACCUUCGAGUCACGGACUUCUUUAGUACUCCAGUGAGAGGAUCCGUGGAUGCUGGCCAACCGGAUCCGAAUCAGAUAAAUGCGAUGCUGGCGCUGGUCGCGUCAAAGGAGAAGCAAAGUGUACAAGUGAAUCACGUGAAUGGAUCAAACGCCGGGAAAAAUGUUCAGCAACGGACGGAGGGCGGGAAGCAAGAUGGCGAGAGACAAAUUGGCAAGAAGAUGAUCACGGCGAAUAUCAAUGUCACGACGAAUCCAUUGGAUAUAUCACUAUGCGACAGCCAAUCAACGUGCGCAACUCAGAUGCCGAUCGCCCGAGGAAGAGGACGCAUAGCAGAAUCUCAUCCCCUCGUUUCAGCCAUUCAUUCAUGGAUCAGGCUCUUUUUCCCGUUUUGCGCAAUAGGCGGAAGCGGAGGAAGCACCAAGAGGUCCGCGCAGGCCACCAUCGUUGUCCAGCAACCCUCCCUGUCGUUGGAUGCACCUGCCGCCACGAUUCUAGUGCUUCCGGAUGCCGACGCCCGACGUCGCGAGGAAAGUAAACGCCAGCUACUCGACGUCGCCAAUAUUCUGCCACGUCAGGAGAGUCACGAUUUCGAGAGGAAAUAUGGAAGUCCGCAUCACAGCCGUUCCCAGUCGGUAAAAACAUCAGGAAGUCGUUCGUCCGACCGUCCGAAUUUUUUGGGUCUUCCCCAGCAAAGGUCAAGGGUCGCGAGUAUGCCAAACACAAACGAGGAGCAGGAAUAUUAUCGGCUGAGGCAUUUCAGCAUCACCGGGAAGUUGGUCGUUAACCGCGGCGACUCCCUGAAAAGUCGUCGUUCCCGUUCGAACAACAGCGUCGCCUCGAGUAACUCCAGCACGGAAUAUCUAACGGCUUCGUAUCCUGGAUCUGCGAGGACAUCAGCUGCCGGAUCCUUGGCGAGUUCACGAGAGAGCAGCGCCUCCCAAGGACCCACUCGUUAUCGGGUCCUGAUGCUGGGUGCUCCUGCGGUUGGCAAAAGCUCCUUGGUGUCUCAAUUCAUGACCUCGGAAUAUCUGCACGCCUAUGACACUUCGAUCGCAAUGUGUGUUACAGAUGACGAAUCCGGCGAGAAAACCGUGAGCGUAAAGUUGGACGGCGAGGAAUCGGAAUUGACCUUCAUCGAUCAUUCCUGCGCCGAGAUGACCCCGGAAAACUUUAUAGCUUCGUACGAGCCUCAUGGUUAUUGCGUCGUAUAUUCGACGACUGACGAAACAUCCGUCACGGUUGCCGAAAUUGCCCUGAAGACACUCUGGAACAGCGACUACGUAUCUACCAGAGCCGUAAUUCUCGUUGGGAACAAGGUCGACCUCGUCAGAAGUCGAUCUGUCUCGAUCGAAGAGGGCAAGUCAAUGGCGACCUUAUACAACUGCAAGUUCAUCGAGACCUCAGUGGGCAUCAAUCACAACGUGGACGAACUCCUAGUGGGACUGUUGACUCAGAUACGGCUAAAGUUUGAGAAUUCCGACAGGACACGUGACACUUCGCGUAAGAGAUCGCGAAAGAAUUGCAACCGAUCUCCGCAGGGUUCCUGCUCGGAGAACAACUCGCCGAAAAAGUAUCGCGGAAAAGGAACAAGUGCGAGCUUAAGGGUUAGAAGCUUACUGGACAAGGUAUGGACGCGCGACAGUAAGUCGAAGAGCUGCGAAAACUUGCACGUCCUGUAAAAUCUGAAGACUGAGAGGGACAAGACCGAAAUAUGUACUGCGGAGCGACGUGAAGUUAGCUCCGAUAGUUUCCAUUAGAAUUUCCAGAAUGUUCUCGCGCAAUGCGUUAUCGAAUUUUCUGAUUACGUGAAUCCUGGAUUUUGGACGUAACAAAUUGUACUUUUGUCCGGACAACAUUUUCAGAAUCAUCCCGACGGGGGGGUUCGAUGAGUCUGGGGAAUUUCUAGGGAAAUUUUUCAUAUGCUUUUCUGACAAUGAGAUAUUUCAAUGACGUCAUCACUCGUUGUCGACGUUUUACCGCGCGGAUGAUAUUCACGAAUAUUCGUGACUGACGUCACGCCUCGAGAACUAUCACGAGAGGACCAUGACGAUGAGGAUGGCCGAUCGAGCUUCUUUGCUAGGAAGGACAAUACGAAGAGGUCAUGAUAAGCCAAAACGUUGAGAGAGACGCUUAAUUCGAUUAAUAAAACGUUACGAAAGCAAGGUAACAAAGAAUGUGAAAAAAAAUGAGCGAUUUAGGAUUAUACUAUUUAAAACGUGACGAAACAUCUGUCAGUUGCGUAGCUGUGAUCGGAGAUUGAGAAAAGUGAGAUUAGCACAGCCGCUGCACAAAAAUCAUUCCCGCCGUAUUUUUUAAUCCGAAAUAAGAGAGAGAGAGAGAGAGAGAGAGAGAGAGAGAGAGAGAGAGAGAGAGAGAGAGAGAAAGAGAGUAACCCAUUUUGAAUACGCUUCGAUUAUAGGUGACCCUAUGUUAAUUGUCAUCGAGAUGGACGAAGCGGACCUGAAAUUUCUGUAAAAAAAUACAAAACGUUCGUAUAAUUAUCUGCGAAUUGUUAUUUACUAUUGCAAACAAUCUCGCACCUAAUUAUAACGCGUAUAACGAAUAUUCGGUACCGCUCGUCUUGUCACGACUUAUAUUAUUAUACAUAUAUAUUAUUGUAUAUCCUUAGAAAAAAAAAGAAAAACUUUUACAAUUCCAGCGUCCACGAGCGCGUGUGAAUUUACACGAUUUUUUACAUUACAAAUUUUUGUACGUCGCGAGGAACGGAGUAAAUAAUGUAUAAUCGAUAAAUAUUUGUUACGAAUAAGAGAACAAGGGAUUGUAAACGGGUCUUUAUCUGUUCGACGGUUUAUGCUGCUGCUGCUGCUGCUGCUGCUGUCCCGUAUCAAAGUGUUAGAAAUUCUAAUCGAUCGAAGUCAAACACGAGUUUGAGAAAAUUGUAUACUUCGCGCCUGACGAGUCUCGCAGAGCUUUGUCUUACAAUUAAAGAUAGAGAUACGUCACGUGGAUUCGUGAAUAGAGCAAGGGAAAUUGGGGGGGGGGGUUGACUACGGGUUUGAAAUUUGAAAAUGAGAAUCCAAAAAAAAAAGCAAUUUUAGAUGAAUAUUCAAAUACACUUAAAUAACGGUUAGGUACAUCGUACUCGACGCGUGCACGAGGUCCACUAGAGCGUAAGGUUAAAAUCCGUUGAACGAUGCGAAGCCAUUUUAAUAUUUUAUUAGAAAAUAAAUUAUUGAUAUUUCGAAUACGCCUGUCGCAAACGAUUCAUACGUGCGCGAACGUAUAUCAGUGCUACGUGCGUAUGCACCAAGCAUACCUAUGCGAGUAUACAUAUAUACAGAUAUACGCAGGUAUCACCUGUGCACUUUGUCGUAAUAAUUCUACACAAAGAAAAUAGGUACAAAGUACAGCCAGGGCUUUUCGAUCCGCUAUAGUAUGGUUUAUUAUUAUCAUUAUCGUCAUUAUAUUAAAUAUUAACUUCACCGCUAUUAUAUUUACGAGUAAUCGUAUCCGUCGCGUAGACUCGGGUCAUUUCGGGCUCUCGAGAUCCGUCGGAGCGAAAAUCGUACUGGCGAUGGAAAUACACGGGAGUUAUAUUGUCUGUUAUACACUGAGUCGAACGAAAGUGAAGACAAAUGGAAGGAAAAGAAUGAUUGGCGAUAUCGCGUCGCCGACAUAGAAAUUGCCUUUUACGCGUGUUCUUCGGUACGUGAUCGAUGGCGUGUAGUGUUGUCAGUGCCCUUAUGGCGGAUCCUUCAGAUUCCACGAGAGAAGACUAACCGAUAGGGGGACAAAAAAAAAUGUAUAUUUCGCAAUCUAAUCGUUAGCUUGUAAUCGCCGUGUUUCGUUUUAACGUACAAAAUGGCCGGUGGCUCAAGUCGGCCCUUUCGGUUUUUCUUUUUUGACAAUGGUGGUGAUACUUAUUUUUUCUUCAAUACUUUUGGUACAGCUUGCCAAUCCACUUUCUGCGUCUCUUUUAGGACGAAUUCUCAGUGAUGCGGGUUCAUCCAAUUUACUUUUUUUUUUAUUAUCUUUUUCUUUGGUGGGGCAUCAUACGGCACGGGACGUACGGCCAUUCCGCGAGACUUGCCGCGGGGGUAACCGAUGCGCGCACAAAGUGAACGUCCAAGCGUGAAAACUAGUAUAACAACGAAGGGGUAAAGGCCCGGGUCGAAUUAUCGGGCGCGUUCAGUGUGCACCCACCUUUAUGGCCAUGAAUGCCAUCUAUCGAUGUAACCGAAAACACACGACCAUCCCAUUGAAGGGGAUAAAUCAGCGCGCCCGUAAGAGACAUUGGAACUGGUUACCUCGAAUCCAGGAUCGAUGUGGAAAAAGUGCGCGGGCUUGAUAAUUUUUUUUUCUUUUUUUCAAAAAAAUAGCAUUUUUUGGAAACGUCAAAAAAAUUUGAAAAUAAAUUUAAAAAUAUUGUACGUUGCAUUCGUGACAUCUAACGGUCUUUUUUGUCGGCUGACUCGGAGAGUUAACACUUUAAGACUCCCCGGAGAGCUUUUGCCGCUCUUGACUUUUUCUUUAUGAUUCCUAUUACGCCCUCUUUUUCCAUCGCCGAGAAACACGGUUUUAUUAUAUCUUAAACAGAAGGAAAAAAAAAAAAAAAACAUUACUCGUAAUAAGUAAGCGGACAAUUUUUCGACCGCGUUCGUGUUUUUUUUUUUUUUUCAUAUUUUCUUAUAUCCUCCAAAGUGCUGAUGCUAAAUAAAAAAUAAAUGCUUUGACCAAAUUAUCGUCGAGUAGUGCCGGACAGCAACGAUAAAGGACAGCUGUUAACACGCGAUUAAUUCUUUAGCGAUAUACAUGCGUUAUGUAUAUAGCGAAUAUAAUCCUAAUACGAUUGUCGUAAUUGUACGAAAGGAUAAUCUAUAUGGGAAUUCAAGUAAUUCACGGUACGUUAUCCCGUUAGUUAAUGGUGAGUGGAUCAAGUAUAUAUUAUGCUAAAAGUUUCGAAGGCCGACAAGGUAUAACGAGCGUAUUACUCACUUUUUUCGUUAUUUAAUAAUAAAACGAUGAAGCCCAAUUUUCGACACGAUCUUUUCCUCAAAUGUUUUACGGUUCUUGAUAUAUAUGUAUAUAUAUUCAAUUUUGAUAUAACGAAAAAGAUCGGACGUCAAUGGGUCCAUUCUGAAAACUAUAAACUUACUUUUCAACGUACUCGACGUGUCUUCUGAUUAAAAAAGAAUGAUCCUCGUGUAUCAAGGUAAUUGUUAUUAUUGGAUUUAAAAAAAAAUACUUUUGCAAAAUCCACAUUGACAGUGACUACGCAUAAUUCCAUUCGUCGAGGAUUCUUCGUAAAACAAUGCAGGAAACGCUUUGAAGCUGUAAGGUUCGAAUGAACAAUUAAAUUUAUGGUAUGAUGAAUGAAGUAAAUUAAUUUUAAAAAAUAAGAACAGGAAACUAUAGUAUGUUGCCUUUUGGAAUAUCCAGGGAAAACGUGAUAAUUCGACUAACGCGAAUACCUAGAGCGAAUCGUUAGGCCAUCAUGGAGAUAUCACAUAGUAGUAUGUAUAACUAUUAAUAGUUAAAGAUAAGUCGUGAAAGUUUUGCGAGUUUUCAAAAUUUUCAAAGAGAAAAAGGUGGGAGGAGAGGGGGGGGAGAGAGAGAGAGAGAGAGAGAGAGAGAGAGAGAGAGAGAGAGAGAGGAAGAGAGGGAGAAAAUGUGUGUGCCAGAGACUUUUAAACAAAGUAUCUCGAGAUAAGCUGCUCUGUAUGCUCUCUAGACAGUUUGAAUUAAUUAGUUGAAUAAUUAAUUAUCCCACGAGUUCAUUAACAAUUCUAGAAACCAACUCCGCCAACUAUCCCAAGGCCGAUUCAAAAUUACGUAUACGAUCGAUGCUCGUGUAUAUAAAAAAAUAUAUGAACUGAUAUCAUCAUUGGGAUACCGUGACGGAGAGUCAUGUAAAUUUUUCCCUUGAACAAGCAAAAAAAACAAUCGUCCCUUUGUACAAAAUUUUUCAUAAUUUUCUUUUUUUACCGGACUUGUCCUAUACAUAUUUUUUUUAAACCACGUGGCUCGUGAUUACAUCUACGGGUGCUUUCAAGAACGAUCGGACAUACAGCCAGACCCGUAACUUACUAAGAAUCGUAAAAUUAUACGAAAAAAAAAAAAUAUUGUAAAAUAUUUGUGGACUCUGUAUUAUCAAACUGGCGUGACGCCGCUCUUUUUCAUAUCAUUGCACGCAGCGCCGGAAAUCAAAGAGAAACGCCGAACACAGAGGGUUUUCAUAGGGGAACACAGUGCGUACCUAUAGACAUGACUUAUACACGAGUGGUACGUAACGAAGGUUUAAAGCGGUGCCAGUUGACACGUGCUGCUAGGCUAUUUGAGUUGUAUAUAAAAUAAAUAUAGAAAAGAAGAAAGGAGGGUAGGGAGGGAGGUGUGUGAGAAGUGAAUUAAAAGAAAUUAAUAGACAACGAUAAAUGAGAAUAGAGAAACCGGUAGUCGUAUUUGAUACGCGCGAAUGGCAACGUUUCAUUCGCACCAGUGAACAUCAACAUGGCGUCGGCCAGAUACGACGAAAUAGUUUCACUUCCCGCGUUACAGAGACUGAAUCGUCAUACGGGCAGAUCCAGCUGGUUGGUUGAAGUUCACAAGUCGAGUCAGAAAUAACAAAGUCUGGCUAAAGGUACAGGGUGUCCCCAUCUACGUAUAGCAUGGAAUACGUACAAGCAUAGGAAAGGCGGUCGGCUGAUAGAAAAUGAUGGCGACUGGUGGCGGCUAAGCCCUGUCUCUUUCUAAUCAGCAGCCGUACUACGAGAGUAUAGAAAACGUAGCCAAUGGGAGCAUUAGAAAAGGACAGCUACUGGAUGCCACCUCACUCCCUCUUUGUCUGUUCGAGCGAACAUUUCCAGGAGUUUCAAGUAGGGAUCGCGUAGUCCAUGCUAUAUUUCGAUGCCUAACAUAGAGCCAAUGACAUACCGUGCUGCCAUCUGUUUCCCAUUGAACGAGUCUAAUAUUGUCCGUGAAGUUUCGCCUCUUCACGUUACCCAUCACAGAGCUAUUACAAAAGGCGAGCACGUUACUUUUCAAGUUCCAUUAUUUUGAUUGCCUCUAAACUGAAAGUGAAGCGAGAUGAGGAUUUUCGAGUAGAUCAUUCGGGGAUGAUUGAGAAGAGUGGGACGGUAGGUAUACAGGGUGGUAUGUUAUAACCUACCUACUAUGGCUUGACGGCUCCUAGCAAAAUGGCAUGGGGAUGAUAGGACUAUACGGAUGACCUAAAACUAUAAAACUUUCUCCCUUCCUGAUAAUCUUAGCCUCUUCGAGCCUCUGCAUUAAGAAAAUAUACUCGACGUUUUCUGUUUUUUUUUUUUUCACGUGACGAGGUUUUCACGCUCGUCCCCUUAACUUUUCGAAUGUCCGAUUUUAUCGAUGUAAAUAAAAAAAAAAGUUAUUGUUAUAUACUCUGGAUCCCAUCGCUUUCUUAAUGUUAUUAUAUAACCUUUGUCGAUGAGUUUUUGCAGUUUUCUUUUUUACCUAGCAUCCUAACCCUUUUUCGUCAUAUUUAUCUUGCCGUACCCAACUUUGUCACGGUAGUGCUAAUUUAGGUUGUUUAUUUCACUAGCUCGUACCUUUCGUUCGAACUGACCGGUUUUCAGUUAUUCUUUUACGUAGCAGCCAUACAAACCAGACACGAGCGUAAAAUCGAGCGUAAAAAUGAUUACGGUUAAUUAAUCAAACUUCUCUUUUAGGUAGCUUCGUUAUGUCUUGAUUUUCGUUCUUUUUCAUUCGUAUAAUAAUACCGUACCGUGGGUUCGUUAAGGUCCCUCAUUGGCAGAUAAGACAGUUACUAAUCAUUGUUAUUCCACUUCGCUUACGUAACUAAUAGACAUUACGGAGACCAGACGUAUAAUCUUAAUUAAAUUCUUUAUUAUUGCUUUUGCGAGAUACUUGUUACGAAUCGAUUAAAAAAAAAAAAAAAAAAAAAUACACCCCGUAACACGAACAAAUAUUAUGACAAAAAACCGCCGAGAGUCAGGGUCGUCCCCCGGGUACACAUGUAAAUUUGUAAUUUGCCAAAAAAAAUAUCGAAACUCCCGAGUUAAAUAAAUCCAGUAUACCCUCAAAAGAGAAUAAAAGACCGGACGGCGGUUUCGGGCGUAACAUUUUUUAAUAUCGCAAGUAAAUUUAUUCACCCUUCGCGGCUACAAGACGCGAGACUUUUUCACGGCGACAGAUCAAACCGUAACGUGGUUUCCGUUCUGCCGCACGUUCGCGUGUGUAUACGGAGAAAAAAAGAAAAAAAAAAAAAAAGAAUGACGCGUUCCAGCAAACGCAAUUUCUCUUUAAGACGAACAAUGAAAUAAUAUAGGUUAAGUCGACCUACCUGCCUCCCUUUGUCCUUACCGCGGCUCGCCAAUAUCUCCUGCAGUCCAAAGGCCGCCGUCGAGAAAUGCCACGAACGAGCGUUACAAUAAUAACACGAGGAGCGCAGCUCUCGCUCGUCCCAAUAAUCUCCCGAGAACUUUUAUUGAACGCGUCGUUACCGCUCGCAUGAAACAUCAAAGAGAAAGCAACAUUUUCCCAGGACACGAGGAACGCGGAAUUAUCCUAUCUAGCUCGAGCAGAACGAAAUUCUCAAGGACCGAGAGACAUCUAAUAAAUUGAAACAGUAGAACGCGGAACACGCUGGUUAUCUUCGAGCGUGACGUCAUUCGAAAGGAAAGUUAAAAGCUUCGCGGCACGAAUUUGCGGGAAUGAAAAUAACGGCAGAAACACUUAUAAACUUUUUUCACGCGCUUCCUGCCUUAUUUUGACACCUAACCUAAAUCCUAGCACACUAGCUCAUUUUCCCUAUGUCCCUGCAGCCUCGUAUGCCUAAACGAUCGUUUCCGUCACUCAGCACUUUUUCUUAACCCUCAUUCACUGCUUUUCUUAGUUUCCUCGCUUAACGUUGGCAUUAAGGCUAUUGCCCAUGACCAACGAAACCGUUAUACGAAAAGUAACCAUUUUCAUUUCCAAUCCCGAAUAAGUGCUUGGAGACAAAAAAUUCUCUUUGGUACGAAUGAUCGAGACAGAGGUCUAAAUUGAUAAAAAAAAAAGAAAAGGAGAAGAUUAAAGACCCUAGAGAAUAAUGAAAGUCGUUGUAACAAUGUUAUAAGAACUUUCACUGAGACGUGAACGGUGAUAAAAAAUUUGGAUUUCCGAAAAAAAAUGUUUUUUCUUUUUUCUUCCGGAUAUUCAUGUAAAACAUGUCCUUGGCAAAUAUAAAAAGUCGGAAUUUCCCUCAGGAGAUUCUCGGUCUCUCGUCCAAAAAAUAUUCAUCUCGUGUCCGCACGUCGUUGUCCUUAAGGUUGUUAGCUUUCGCUAUUGAGUCUCCCUACCAAUAUGUGUUUGCACGUCAACAAGAGGACGGUACUUACAGACUCCCCCAGUCUUCCUGUGAGGGAUGGACGUGUCUCCCGCAGCGACGGUACAUGACGAACGUAGUGUGAAGCUUCGAGGACUGUUCAGACGGCAUGCGUGGAGAUCCUUGUUAUCCUUUGACAAGGAUAUCGAUCCUGUGUAUAUUGACUUAAUUACCUUUUCUCCCUACGCCAUUGACAGGCAAUAUCCGCCAUUAACUAUAUUCGCGAAGGUUUCACUACGUUUCACCAUCGGCACGAUCGAUAAAGAUCGUUUAAUCGUAAUUGGCAAUUUCAAUCAACCUUUGCGUUACCUGUGUAAUUUUAGAUGAAGAAAUCAUGGCCGACCACGUGUCGACGAACGUGAAUUAAAUUGAACGAGAAAGAGCCAAGGGUUUCCGAUGGAUUUUUAAUAAGAAAAUACAAUUAAUCGCUAUUCACGUAAUGGAAAAGUCAUCCCGUGAUAAUACCAGAAUGACGUAAAAGAAUGUACAUAUUAAAUGGCGAGGUUGAAUUUUGCGAAAAUUGAAACACGGCAGCGAGUCGUCGUAUACGUAUAGGAAAUCAAUUUUCCGACGGAACGUUUGAACUUUGAAAAAUAUUUUUUAUUCAUGCAAUUUUUUACUUUUCAUUAUUUCAUGCGGCCAAUUGUUCACGUUCGUACGUAGCUUCGACGUAGCGUCGAAAAGUACAUACGUCACGAACGAGAUUGAGUCGUUACGAUCAAUUCGUGUACUUUAUUUCGCUUUGGUCUCAGCCGUAAUGACCAAAUAUGAGGUCUGACAGUCCAUGUGGCAGCUAUGAGAAAUAAUAAUGCGAGGUGCGAAACUUUUCCGUGAACAAUAAAUACACGUCGUCGUAGUCCUUUCUCUCCGAUUUACAAGCACGUCCAUUUGGGUCUCGCGUUAUUUACACGAGAAAUUUAAUAAUAAAUGAAUAGAAUGUUCACCCGUGGCUCGUAUUCUAGUCCUUCGUUGAAAUACGUAACGUCAUAUUAAAUAUUCAUUUAAUAUAUUUACGCGUAAUCGUUUCGCUUUCAAAUCACGAAAAUACUUUAAGAGUUCAUUAGCAGACAACAAUAAUCGAGCUACCCAUAUUCUUGUUGAAAACGAAGAAAAUUCAAUUAAGAAUUGUAGGAAGUAUCAGCGGAAGUGACAGGUGACACAAAUGCUGCUAGUAAGACGGAUUGAAUCCUGUCGUCAGGAUAAUGGAACUUUAUUCAUUCACGACACGCGAAUUUUAUCCAACAAGGACACUUUUUUUUUCCAGGAUGUAGAAACGAGAACGAAACACAAUCUACGCGUAUAUAUAUAUAUAUAUAUCUUUUGUUUCUUGCGAAAGAGCCACAUUUAAUUCGUUUCCAUUUUUGAGAUUUAUAUGUUAAUACGCAAGAGGGUAAGGGGAAGGAGGGAUGAUUUUGUGUAAGAAGGGUACCUUUGCAUCGAUCGAAUAAGAUUCCUUCUAUAUGGCUACAUAUGUAGGGAGUGAAGGGGAGGGAUAAAGCUCGACGCUUGGAUAAGCUGAAAAUUCAUCCGGAAACUUAGUAACCCACUAGAGCGAAACUGGAAGUGUAGAAUGCCGGAUAGGCUGGUACGUGAAUGUUAAAGGAUGUGGAGGAGGAUGAAAGAAGAAGAAGAAAAAGAUAUUCAAAGUUUUCCCUCUAAAUCCCUUUACACGCCGACAUCAUUCUUAUUCAAUAAAACUUUCAUGCGGAAACUCCAAGGAUGAAAUACUCUUUGCUACCAUGGCGAUACUAAAACUACGUACACGUAUUACCCGUUUCUUAUUGCUACUGAUACUUACGAGUCUGUGCUCGAGCUGAAAUACGAGUUCGGCAUUAAAAUCUUCUAUGGAGGAAGCGAAACCGAAAGAGGGGUAAAUAAUUAAUUGUAUGGACAUUGGAGUUUUAAUGACGAUUGUCCUUUUCAAUUAGAACGUAAAUUCUUAAUAGUCUACUAAGUUUGCGCAGACUUUCGAAUUAUUGUCAGACUUUAUUAAGCUUUUGUCCUUUUGGGUUAAAUCGACAUGACCUUGAGGAGACCGGGGACUGUCAACGACCAUUUUGAAUUUUCAAUCACGAAAAUUAUAAGUUACACGAAAUUAAUGGAACUGUCUUUAUUAAACAAGAGUUGCACGUAUAUUUGUAUAUAUUUUCUUAUUUCUUGACAGCCACGUUACGCGUUAAAAAAUUGCAUGCAACUGACAGCUUCGGUUUUUUUUUUUCAAUUAUUCCAGAUAAAAGUGUGAAUAUAAUGUAAGCGCAGCUUGCAAUUAUAUUUUAUUUUAAGGUUAUGACGUACUACCCAGUAUACUUAAUAAUUAAGGACGUUAGUAAUUAAUAGGUCGACAAACUGUGCUUCCAGGGACUAAUAAGAGAAAUCAUACGGGGCAAUGACAUUUUUAAUUGUUAAUAAGAAACAGGGCAAGUGGGUUCUUUUUGUAAACCGUCCUGUGAGUAUUUUUUUGUAUGACCAAGCGAAGGAAAUGAAGCUGAAAAGGUUUAAUGUAUGAACAGCGAAGCUUUUUACGCUUUCGAAAACUCCCGCAUCGACCCGGCAACGUGCGGUAACAGGAAAUGGCUUCUCUUUUUUCGACUAGUCGGAAGUCGAUUAACGAGACGCAAAUUAAUGAACCUCUGUAUAAACCGUAUUUUCAAAAGAAUUGCAUUCAGUCACACCCGACAUUUUCCCCAUGAUUCACGCGAUUAGAAUACGUGACAACGAUCAUUAGCUACCAGUCGAUUUCUCGUUUAAUAUUUCACACGGCAGCCUGAUAGUUAAUGCGAAAUACUGAACGUUCAUUAAUGAAUUUCCGUUGCCUCAAACGGCAAGGAUGAACCAAUGAAAAUUUUACACAAUCCUUUGAAUCGCUCACAUUUACAUAGACGAAUCUGAAUCUUACCUUGAUUUUUACAUGAAUUUUUUUUGCAAAGUUCAACAAAACCUUAUCCAGCUUGCUUGACAGUACUCCGCGAGUAAUGAAUCGACAGGUUUAUAUUUGCCAUCUGUAAAAAUAUCGUAGUCAAUCGAUAUAUGGCUUAUCGGCAGAAUAGACGUAUAUUGUUCUAAAGCACAUUUCGCCGAGGCAAAUACCGUUAGAUGUUUUCCCACGGGGAUUGCACGUAGUCCAACAGGGAUAUUGGCUUUUAUAUGAACUCGAUCAGUUAGCCAUUCAAACAACCAACCAACCAGCAAAAGCCUUACCUAUCCCAUUCUACUCCAGCAGAGUCCUGUGUCUGCUUAAUCUAAUCUCACCGCUUCAUAUACGACCUUUAAGAUACCGUAAUCCCGAUGCACUAUAAACAACAAUGAACCCAUAGACGCAAGCGAGCGCCAUUAAACAAAGGACGGGUUUGAUGUAAGCAUCAACUGGCAUGCUUUUGUCUAUGCACUCGACAACAUUGUCACGUAUAAGCAUCUAAUAUGUUCAAGCACGAAGAUCAGGCAACAAUCGUAAACACAAACAAGAUUUUAUCUGCGGUAAUUUAACCUUCGAGUAAAACAUAGAAACGUCUCGUGUCAGUAGCAACGAAGGUUAGUUCUCGCGACAGCCGCAAGAGUCGUGCGUGUCAGAAAAUAUUUAAAUUUGACCAAUGAGAGAUUUAGUAUCCCUGAGUUUCCUAAUUUGACGAUUGGACCUGGGAAAACUGCUAUAUCCUUUGACAAUAUCCAAACUUAUAUCUGCGAGAGGUAACUCACCACGGAGGAAGUGAAAAAGAGGAGGAACCGAAGUGACAAAAAAGAAAUAUCUCAACGUGAACCGUAGACGCAUUCCAGGCACAUUUUCAAAUUAUCUCCAUCUCUCGUAGCAAUUCUGUCUGUGAAAUCGACUAGUAUCCUGUCUGCACUGCCGUUGUAUGUAUAUCAGUAAGUACAGCAACCAUACUCAUGUAAACACGAGUACUCGAGUGGCCCCACGUAAAACAAAUAUUUUCUACUUUACCUUUCGUGUCACGGACAAGAGGGAAUUCAUGUCUCAUGUCGCCUGACGCAAUGUCGGUCGCGAAGUAAAUUCUUUCCCCAUUUUUUUGGUUGAUCCAGCGUGCCGCGUUGGAGAAAAUAUUAAUUUCAAAAAGCCAUACGCUGCACAGGAGUGAAAUCUAGUUUUGCGGGACCAUUUAUACAUGGCUUUCAAUAUAGAGGACUCCUAUGAAUUUUCCAUUUUAUUCGGGAAUCGAGUAUACACGUAUUUGACGAUAAUAUCGGAUUCACAGUAUCUGCACUGGAUAAAAUAAUUAAAUCCCACUAUCGUCUAAUAAAUCUCAGGAUAAAAUAAACCUGAAUGCAUAUGCACUGUUCGUAGGUAUCUUUAAUGAGGUCGAAUGUGUUACACUGCAAUUCCAGUACAAUGGACAGCUUGUUAUGACGUUCCAGUUUCGCGAAGUAACUUGAAGAGUGAUGACGCAUCGGCAAAUUCAGAAACUAGUGAAAUAUGAAAAUUAGCUUGAAAAUUUCAGACCAAUUCUUUCAAUUGAAACUCCUCGACUUAACUUGCCUUAGUAUACAGUUAUUACAGUAUGUCUAACGAGAUCUUCAGCUAUCGUUCGCUGCUUGAAAGUUCCGAUCGAUUGUGUCGUGCAAAAGAGAAUAGAAUGGAUGAUAAAAAAAGAAUAAAAGCAUAACAAAAAUUAAUUGAAUAUCCAUUUUAACGGGUUACACGGGUUAAAGGAAAUAAAUGACGACGCAUACGAGUAAUUUGUAUCGAGUGAUUAUGUCAAUAUAUUACGGUGGCUGAGAAAGCUUAACGCAACGCGGUUAUUCAGGCGGAAAAGCUUGAAAAUUUGUAUUGUCACGGGUAAACAGCAAGGGACGAGAGUAAAGUGACUCGAUUACUGUCAUUUAAUAGGAUGUGAUGGUGGGACGGGACAGGUAAAAUAAUUGAAGCGUCACGACCAUAUAAUAUAUCAGAGAGAGAGAGAGAGAGAGAGAGAGAGAGAGAGAGAAGUUUAUGUUACGAAAGUGGCAAGCUAUUACGUCUGUCUGAUUAUCACGUUUUACGGAAGACUAGAUAAAUUGACUUUUUCGCAAAUUUCGAACGAGCAAUAAAAAACGAUGAAAAAUCAGCGCGAAUUGUACUGAAAAUAUACGCGUGCGAUGUGAACGAGCCUUAAUAUAAUAUUCUUAGAGCGGUGCACCUCGCGUCUGUAUGUCAGUUAUCGAAGCUGGUAAAGCUAAGGGAAAUCAGCGUACCAGAAAUUCCAAAAAAUAUAUAUAUAAAUCCGAUUCGCUAUUCUCAAAGGAAGUUUAUUCAGUGUCUGUGAUGACGCUUUAUGAUCUCGUAUUUGCUCGUCUGUGCAAUUCUAUUUGCAAUGGCUCUAGGCAAUUGUUGAUUGCUGUCAAUUGACUUUUGCAAGCAAUACCCCUUAGCAAUUUUUACAUUGAAUAUUUGCUCUCUACCAUAUCGCAUGUAUGUACAUGUGUUUCGAUCGAAUCGGAUCUAUAUACAUACAUGUACGCGACGUGUGUACAUAGGCGUCAAAGACGAAUUUACGCGUCGUCGUUUAUCGAGACGGAAAAAGUAAAUAUAAUAAGUAAAAUUGAAAAAAUCGAUUCGUCACUCGUAAUUUAUUUAUAGACGAGUCGUUUUGCGUCUAAAGAGAUCUUAUCGGCGUUAAGUCGUACUUAUUUAAAAUAUAUACAUAUAUGUAUACUGUAUAUGGAUAUAUCUAUGCGUAUGACAAAGGUAUAGAUAUACAAUGUAUGAAAAAGGAUACGAUCAGACAUAAAUAAAAUUCGUAUGUACACACACACACACACACACAAAAUAUUGUAUAAGAAAACACGGAUAUCUGCGGACCAUAGCCUAGCGUAUUAGGCAAUUUUUUUAAGUCGAUGUUCGCUGUACAUUGUAAUAUUGUCAAAUCAAUCAAACCAAUCAAUUUUCUUAUCUCAUGACUUACUAUACAUGUAUCGUAUUUGUAUUGUUAUGUCUCUUAAUAAUUGAUCAGUGUCAUACAAAGGGAACGAAGUCAUAGGAGGAAGCGAGUCGACGAAAUAAACAUUUUUAGGUUAUUUUCGACAUUUUUGAACAAUGUAAUUAUCGCUGUUGAACAAGGGAACUAUCUAUCUGAUGCUUAAAGAAUGGUUAUACACGUUGUUUUCUAAAGCCAGAAAUACUUCGUUACUAAACGUCCCAGAGGGAAAAGGUAACAAAAAAUAAGAGCACAAAAUAUUUAGUCUUUCUCGCUAUUUAUAGUGAGAAAACUUUAUCGAACUAUCGUUAGCUUGGAAAAAUGCAUUCGGAAGGAAGUUUUUUUUCAUUAAAAAAAUUAACUCGACUAGCCAAUACCAUUACGAUGAUUGAUAUUAAUGAUUGGAGCAUUAUUUCGUGACUCGCUUUUUUCUUUACCGUUAAUCUUCUACUAUACAUAUAUGUGUAACUGGUUGUCAUCCUGUAAUUAAUUACAUAACAUCAUAUUAUUAUUAUUAUUACUAUUACUACUACUGCUACUACUAUUACUAUUACUAUUACUAAUACUAACAAUUCCGAUAAGCGUUAAUUAUAUAAACGCUGCGUAAUGACCUACUGUACUGUCUCUCGAUCAAACAACCUUGUGUACUUCAAUUAAAAAUGAUCUACGAAUUAAAAAGUAA